CUUUCUUCUCCUCUUUGGCUGCUGGAUUGAAACCUCUCGUAGUUUUGACCUUUACAGCUCUUAGUUCUAUGAGAAGUGGUUCAGGUUUGUAGCGGGAAGUUAGAGGAGGAGGGAGGAGAUGACAGGAGAGAGAGAGAGAGAGAGGAGACACGGAGCAGCUCAUCCAGCAGCUCCAGUCUUCGCCUCCUUCAGGCCGAGCGGAGCAGCAGCGGCGGCCGGAUUCUAACGCGCAUCAGUCGGAUCCGAGAUCUCCAGGUGGUCGGUCACCAAACACGGAGGUGGAAGGAAAGAAAAACGGAAUACAGUGAAUUCAGAAGACCAGAAGAAGAAGGAGGAACGAAGAAGCUCUUAAAGCGGAGCUGCACCUGCGCGUCGUGCACGUCCUCUUUCGCUCUCUGCUUCUGUCUCUGGGGAUAAAAGUGCGUAAAUUUCUUUUUAGCGAUUUUACGCAAAGGUGACACGCCGAGCUGGAGACACGCGGAUACGGUCCUGGAGGCACGAUGCUGAUCGGUACGUCCGCCCAGGGCAGCCCCCUGCUGGCCUCCCUCCCCGUCCCAGGACGACCUCUGCAGCCUCAGCUCGACCUCAAACACCUCCUGCCCUUCAGACUCAACGGGUCCUCCCCCCUCAGCCUCUUCCCCAACUUCAACACGAUGGAUCCUGUUCAGAAAGCAGUGAUCAACCACACAUUCGGAGUCCCUCAGCCCCUCAAGAAGAAGCAGAUCAUCUCCUGCAACAUUUGCCACCUGCGCUUCAACUCCACGAACCAAGCAGAAGCCCACUAUAAAGGCCACAAACACGCCCGGAAACUCAAAGCUAUGGAGGCCCAGAAGAACCGGCAGCGACGAGCCGGAGAGGCUUCGUCUGCGGGGAGGGAACGAGACCGAGACCGAAACAAGACGUCCACCGCAGAGGCAACUCUUCCUGCACUGUUGGACACGGCAUUAGAGGAGGGAACAAGUCUCCAGACCGAUCUAGAACCAGCCAACCUGGAGGGGAAGCUGGAGGAGAGUCCCAGGAGCUCCGUGAUGUUGACGCCGGUAUCCGAGGUUUCCUCCGUGGAGCUGGCCACCCUUUCCCCUCCUCAGAUCUCUCCUUCCUCGCAGAUCUCCGAGACGGCGUCAGACACCAGCAGUCCCGAAGUCCCGGAGGCUGCCGAAGUGGCCGGACCGUCCACCGAGUCCGGCAGCCAGGAGGAGACAUCCAGCACAAGCGAAGAGCCACGAACGGACGACGACAAAGACCCGAAGAAAAGCAAAGCUCACCUCCACUGUCCUGUUUGUAAAGUCACAGUGAACUCCAUCUCCCAGCUGGAAGCACACAACAGCGGUACAAAGCACAAACUGAUGCUGGAGGGUCACAGCGUUUUGCCUCGACGUCGAGGGAAAGUGGUGGCAGCUCGAGCUGGUUGUAAGAGCAAACGUCUGGCCAGCAAAGGCAGUGUCGGGGUUCCCAGCAAGAACUUCCAGUGUGAAGUCUGUGAGAUCUUUGUGAACUCUGAGACCCAACUGAGCCAGCACAUGAAUAGCAGACGGCACAAGGAUCGGCUGGCCGGAAAGCCACCCAAACCCAAAUUUACCCCCCACAGCAAGAGCCAGCCGAGCUCCAGCUUAGCGAACGUGAGGUGGAGUGGCUAUGCAGGCGUGGCUGUGUCGACCAUGAAGAAAGCCUUCAGCCAGUACAACCUCACCUCCCUCUCCUCGCAGACCAAACUGGCCUUGCAGAAGCAGCUGACUAAGAGCCUGACCACCGGCUUCCUGCCCAGCCCCCUCAACCCUCCGACUCUGUGCACGGUGGCCACCAACCCUCUGGCUCUGCGCCACCCCAUCGGCACCGCCACCACCUUCAUCCAGACCCCGUUCCUGGGCCCAGCACUAUUCCGGCCGGCCCCGGGGCCUCUGAGGGCCGCCGCCCACACCCCCAUCAUCUUCUCCCCGUACUAAAGACUCGACCCACCUUCCCGUCUGGAGCUCCACCCCCGUCCCUUUACCAAAUCCAAGGCCCUCCUUUCAGUGUGACCAAGGCCACACUCAAACUAUGCAGCCCGCCUGACUCAACACGAAGUCCUGACGAUCACGAGGCCGCCGGGCCUGAGAGCUGUUCUCAUCAUAAAGGCCAAGAUCCCUCAUCAUGCCUUCUGUCUGCUCCUCCUAUAAUGACCUCAGGAGCAGGACGGGCCUCCAACAGUGUCCGGUGCACUCGAGGCCGCUUUUAUAGCCAUUUCAUGGGUCAACGUGGUUUGGAUUCUGGAUAUUAUUGUGUAAUUUAUUAGAAAACAAAUAUAGAUGAGUCUAGAUGUAUGUUUAGUGUGGUUGCCACAAAAUAAGGUCCCUUUACUUGAUGCUUCUUUUGAAACAUUUUUAACUUAUUGGUUCGGAGAGGUGAAUAAAGCAGCCGAACCCGAGCCAUAACCGUGAGUGUUUUCAGCUUAGAGGAUCUUCGAAUGCUGUCUGGAUACGAUACGGACUUCACUUCUGAAGGACAAAAAUGACAGUCAAUGGAUCUAUAACUAAAUACAGUGUGUGCUAAAACCCAUUAACACCAUUUUGUACCUCCAGCCCUUCAACCAAACCCUGUUCCCUUAAAACACGUCUUUGUUUCUGCGUCACCGCCCCACAGAUCUCUUUUUCCAUUUCUGUAUCCGCAGGAUUAAGCGCUCAUUAAGGUCCAGAAAAGGUCGGCCUGUCAAGUUGACUUUGUUUCAAUUUGCAAAUCUGUCUUCAGGAUGAUUUCUUUCCUUUUUCUUUUUGCUCCAGUGCAGCAUUCACGAGACGAACAUAACGUCUGCGCCUCUCUGGCGCCACGAAAACGGAUGUCUUACAUCGUAAAACGCCAUUAUUUCCGUUUCUGCAAUCGCGUUCAAUCACACAUACGACGAAAACCCAACGGAUAACUUGAAGACUUGCUGGGAUUUCAGAGUUUGGGGCGGCUGCUCGGCCGAUUUUUGAUUGACAUCCAGCUGCAGAGUCUGCGCACAGCGUGGGAGGGAACAAAGCACAGUGCCAUGGCAACCACAUUAAAAGCACCUUAAAACUGAUUUACCUACAAAAAGCAAUGAAAAUUGUGUUGAUAUUCAGCUUUUUUUUUUCUUUUUUUUUUGCUCUCGGUGUCUGGUUUUAAAAAUCCCAUGUCAGUUUCAGUGAGAGAAAAAAAAAAAACAAUCAGGUGUUGUGGUUCAUCCAUGACUAUGACAAAUCUCACAUUUAAAGCAAUACAUCCAGUAUGUGUUUUCAGUGUAUAAGUGGCUUUAUCUAUUCUAUACUGUACACACAUGUAACGACGUUUUACGACUCAGCCGAGGAGGAGUCGUUGGGAAUAAUGGGUGCUGCCCUUGAUGCUCGACGCUCGCGGUUCGCCCUCCACAUGUCGGGCCAGUUUCCAUUUAUAGCCGCGGAGAUGAGAGAAGGGUGCUUCAGCGCCGUAUGACAUUGCUGCUUCACUUUUAUUAGUGGAGCACCAGAACUUUCUUUUUGUUUUUUUGUGCGACUUCCACUGAGCAAAAAAAGAAGAAAAAAAACACACCAGAGACAAGUGUUUUGACAUCAUGUUUUGCUGUUUGUGCCCCUUCCAUCCUUCCUUCACACCAAAAACCUCUUGAAAUCACAGUUAACGGAGCAGAUCCUAUGCAUUUCUACAUUGUGCAAUAUGUGUAGUCGUGUGUGACGCAGCAGUGCCAUCUGUCGUGAAAACCCCAGAACCGCCAUCCAGUACUCGUGCUUCGACAAAAACCCUCGUCUCCGUUCCUUUCUCGGUUCCCCUGCCCCAAGUCGCACUACUCAGUGAACCAGCCAGCCUUUAAUCUUCACUGUUUGUUCGUUUCUAUCGCUCAGUGGGAGCUCUGACCUAAAGAACUUUUUUUGUUUUUUCUUAAAAAUACAGAAUCUAGAGAAGGCAAAUUAUAUGUAGAAAAUCAUAGAGUAACUAUAGAGAUUUUACCAGAGUUGCUAUUGUUAUCUGUAUCAUAAAGAACUGCUAUCAUAGAGGAGUAUGUUAUUGUAGGCUCUGUACGGCAUACAGGGAGAGGAUAAACGCUUUCUUUUUAUUUCUUGUUUAUUUACAUGGUUUUACUGAGAUGUUUUUUUUAAAGUACAAGAGAAGAUAUUUAAA